CGGCCGAGCGUGCUGGGCUGGGCGGCUGAAGCCAGCCGGCUGGGCGGCGCGCCGGGGCAGCCAGAGCCGCGCGCCGCGUCGCUGUAACCGGACACCGAGCGCUCGCCCCCCGCGCCCGGCCACUUUCCAUUCACUCCGAGGUGCUUGAUUGAGCGACGCCGAGAAGGGCUCCGGGUGCCACCGCACUGCAACGCUGAGGAUUCUUUUACAAAGAAACUCAGAGGACCGGGAAGAAAGAAUUUCACCACUGGGACGCUCUAGAUAAAGUCUUCUGGGAAAAGGACGGGAGACACACGCGGAGCCAAAGCGGUAGCAAAUUGAUUUUUCCGUGCUGCUCUCUUCGCGUCUCGGUAUUUUCCCUUGGAUCUUAACUUGAAAAUCUGAAGAAAUGGCAUUCCAGGCAAUUUGCGUGUUGGUUGGAGUAUUUGUUUUUUCUGUCUGUGUAAAAGGAUCUUCUCAGCCCCAAGCAAGAGUUUAUUUAACAUUUGAUGAGCUUCGAGAAACCAAGACUUCUGAACACUUCAGCCUGUCCCACCACCCUUUAGACUACCGGAUAUUAUUAAUGGAUGAAGAUCAGGACCGGAUCUAUGUGGGCAGCAAAGAUCACAUUCUUUCCUUGAAUAUUAACAAUAUAAGUCAAGAACCUUUGAGUGUUUUCUGGCCAGCAUCUACAAUCAAGGUCGAAGAGUGCAAAAUGGCUGGCAAAGAUCCCACACAUGGCUGUGGGAACUUCAUCCGUGUAAUUCAGGCUUUCAACCGCACUCAUUUGUAUGUUUGUGGGAGUGGUGCUUUCAGCCCAGUCUGUACUUAUUUGAACAGAGGGAGGAGAUCAGAAGAUCAAGUUUUCAUGAUUGACUCCAAGUGUGAAUCUGGAAAAGGACGCUGCUCUUUCAACCCCAAUGUGAACACAGUAUCUGUUAUGAUCAAUGAGGAGCUUUUUUCUGGAAUGUAUAUCGAUUUCAUGGGGACAGAUGCUGCUAUUUUUCGAAGUUUAACUAAAAGGAAUGCGGUCAGAACUGAUCAACACAAUUCCAAAUGGCUAAGUGAACCUAUUUUUGUGGACGCACAUGUCAUCCCAGAUGGAACUGACCCAAAUGAUGCUAAGAUUUACUUCUUCUUCAAAGAGAAGCUAACUGACAAUAGCAGAACCACGAAACAAAUUCAUUCCAUGAUUGCUAGAAUAUGUCCUAAUGACACUGGUGGACUGCGUAGCCUUGUCAACAAGUGGACCACCUUCUUGAAAGCGCGGCUGGUGUGCUCGGUCACUGAUGAAGAUGGCCCAGAAACAUACUUUGAUGAAUUAGAGGAUGUGUUUCUGCUUGAAACUGAUAACCCGAGGACAACACUAGUGUAUGGCAUUUUUACAACGUCAAGCUCAAUUUUUAAAGGAUCAGCAGUGUGUGUAUAUCAUUUAUCUGAUAUACAGACCGUGUUUAAUGGGCCCUUUGCUCACAAAGAAGGGCCCAAUCAUCAGCUGGUUUCCUAUCAGGGUAGAAUUCCAUAUCCUCGCCCUGGAACUUGCCCAGGAGGAGCAUUUACGCCUAAUAUGCGAACCACCAAGGAGUUCCCGGAUGACGUUGUUACUUUUAUUCGGAACCAUCCUCUCAUGUACAAUUCCAUCUACCCGAUCCACAGAAGGCCUCUGAUUGUUCGCGUCGGCACUGAAUACAAGUACACAAAGAUUGCUGUGGAUCGCGUAAACGCUGCUGAUGGCAGGUACCAUGUCCUGUUUCUCGGAACAGAUCGGGGGACCGUGCAGAAGGUGGUCGUUCUUCCUACAAACAGCUCUGCCAGUGGGGAGCUCAUUCUGGAGGAGCUGGAAGUUUUUAAGAAUCAUGCUCCUAUAACAACAAUGAAAAUUUCAUCCAAAAAGCAACAGUUGUAUGUGAGCUCCAAUGAAGGGCUUUCCCAAGUGUCUCUGCAUCGCUGCCACAUCUACGGCACAGCAUGUGCGGACUGCUGCCUGGCCCGGGACCCUUACUGCGCCUGGGAUGGCCAUUCCUGCUCUAGGUUCUACCCAACCGGGAAGCGGAGGAGCCGAAGACAAGAUGUGAGACAUGGAAAUCCACUGACUCAAUGCAGAGGAUUUAAUCUAAAAGCAUAUAGAAAUGCAGCUGAAAUUGUUCAGUAUGGAGUAAAAAAUAACACCACUUUCCUUGAGUGUGCCCCCAAGUCUCCUCAAGCAUCUAUCAAGUGGUUAUUACAGAAAGACAAAGACAGGAGGAAAGAGGUCAAGCUGAAUGAACGAAUCAUAGCCACUUCCCAAGGACUCCUGAUCCGCUCCAUUCAGGAUUCUGACCAAGGGCUGUAUCACUGCAUUGCAACAGAAAACAGCUUCAAGCAGACCAUAGCCAAGAUCAACUUUAAAGUUUUAGAUUCUGAAAUGGUGGCUGUUGUAACAGACAAAUGGUCCCCGUGGACCUGGGCCAGCUCCGUGAGGGCUUUACCCUUCCACCCGAAAGACAUUAUGGGGGCAUUUAGCCACUCAGAAAUGCAGAUGAUUAAUCAGUACUGCAAAGACACUCGACAGCAACAUCAACAGGGAGAAGAAGCCCAGAAGAUGAGAGGGGACUAUGGCAAGUUAAAGGCUCUCAUCAACAGCCGGAAAAGUAGAAACAGGAGGAAUCAGUUGCCAGAGUCAUAAUGUUUCCUUACGUGGGGCUUGUGCUUCCAGUAGCACGUGGUCGCUCUUCAAUGAUCAAAUUUUGAACAAAGAGUCUUGUUCUUUACCCAUGGGAAAUUCCUCAGAAAGUUGGUUACACACUCCUAAAGUGAACGUUACAUGAACUGAAAUGAGCAUGCAUUUUCUUGUAUGAUAUUGACUAGCUCUAGACAUGUCAUGGUCCUCAUGGUGCAGAGAAAUAUUUAAAUUAACCCAGAUUUUAUUUAUAUCUUUACCUUUCCUUCAAAAUCAAUACGGCGACUAUAAAACUAGAAUUCUGACAUCCCUUAAUUAAUUGAACAAGGGCCAUAACCCUGUGAUCUUCCUUCCUUGAUUUAAGGGUUUAGAUUUCUAAUUGUCACUGAUUUUUACAUAUGAAAACAAAUACUAACUUUACAACUUUUACAUAGUAAAAGUUGUAUAAAAGUCGUAUAAGUGCAUGUGACUGAGUAGCUGUCAAAGAAAUGUAGAAUAGAGAAAAGACAAGGAAGAGAGCGUCUAACAGCUGUACAAAACACAAGUGAUGCAUAACGAGAAAACGAGGAGUUUGUAUGCUUCCAGUGAAAUAUGUUAUUGAUUAUUUUGAGUUUGUAAAAAUUGUCAGUUGCUGGUAUCUGUCAUUGAUCUUUGUUCCCUUGUUUCAGCAAGAUAAAAUGAAUGAUCCUCACCAUAAACAUCUUUGAUUGGAGUUAUGUCAGUGAAGCAUUUAAGUUUAUAUUUUUAUUUUAUCAUCUUCCAAACAAAAACACUUUCUUUUUUGGAAGUUAUUUAAGUUAUUCUAGACUUAGAGAAUAUAAUAUACUGUUUAAUUGAUUACUGUGUUCUAAAUUUUUAGUCUAUGUGGCAAAUUAAACAAGAUAAGAAAAAUUUUUUGAAAUAUCAAACUUGUA